UCGUCCACUCCCGGAAGAGGUUUUUGCAGGGAGAUGAUGGAGAAACUCAGUUGACAGCUGAAUUUCCUCCUAACACAAUAAUUACGUUAACCUUAUUCGGUCCUCCUGAUAUAUCCAGAGUCGUUUUCGUAUAUUUGUUCCUUUUUUUAACUCUCGCGGUAUCUCCGUGUUCGAUUUUAGGAGACCUGUGGUGUUGUGGCUGUGGUUAACUCUUGAACUCUUUCCGUGGUCUCUGACUGCUAUGGAACAUGGCAACGACUGAGACGCAGCUGAUGUUGAGCGUCGGAUUGAUUGAGAAAGAUGUUAAUGGAGACACAUUGUGGGUGUGGUGUUAUCCUUCCAUCACUGCUGAACUGAGGCAACUCCUGCUCAGGAAGUGCUGCCUGACACAGGAUGGCCGGGAUUUCCACACCUUUGUGUUCGGCCAGUUCAGCCGAACCUGGUACUACAUCAGCACAGUGGAGGUCCAGGAGCCGACGGCACUGAAAAAGGUCACCCAUUUUUCCAUUUGUGUAACGGCGAAAGACUUCAACCCUGAGAAAUAUGCAGCUCUAAGUAGAAUACUCUGCAGAAUGUACAUCAAACAUGGCAGUCCAGUGAAGAUGAUGGAGGCUUACAUCACCGUCCUCACCAAGGGGAUUUGUCAGAACGAUGAAAACGGCUCGUUUCUCAUCAGGGAUUAUGAUGUCAGAAAGGCGUACCUGGCCGGUUCAGUCAAAGAUGUGGUGUCUCAGUUCGGGAUGGAGACCAUCAUCUUAUACACCGCCCUGAUGCUGAAGAAGAGGAUCGUGGUUCAUCAUCCUCGGAUCGAGGCAUUGUUGGAGUUCACCAGAGUCCUGCCUGCUCUGACGUGGCACAGAAAGGACUGGUCCAUCCUGCACCCUUAUGUGCAUCUGACUGAGGCUGAGCUGGAGGACUUAAAGAAGUGCCCCGGAUACAUCGCAGGCUUUGUGGAUCCGGAAGUGAGCAACAGAUCGGAUUUGUUUGAUGUGUUUGUGAACCUUCCAGAUAGUGAGAUCACUGUGUCCCAGGGAGCCAAAGAGGCCAUGGCGAUGGGGAAGCUACACAAGGAAAUUGCUCACAUCAUCGUCCAGUCGGCAGAGGACGCCGAGCGAUCGGACAGCCAAGUCAUUAAGGACAUUUCCAUCAAGACUAAAGAAGUCCUUACCAGCCUGUUCGCUCUGGUCGAAGAGUGCGAAGACUCUAAAAUCACGCUGGAGGUUUUAAAGCAGCAUCAUUUCCCUCCAGCCACUGAGAACUUCCUCUUUCACCUGGCAGCAGCAGAACAACUCCUACGAAUAUGAACUUUUUUUUUUGUCAUUAGUUAUAAUCUGAAGGUGAGGAAACAUCAGGAGCAGCAAGAGAGUGAACCGCAAUUGUUAACAUUUGUAUUCUGAAGUGACCACAGGUGAACACGUUUAAGCCGGGGGUGGGGGGUGUUUAGUUUUUGCACAAGAGAGCAAAGGAUCAAUGUUAGGAUUAACAGUAGGUGGUGCUGGUCAUAGAGAAGCCGACAUCCAGCCAUUAUGGACAUCAGCAUCAUAUUAUUAUGGGAUUUGAGGCGUUUACUUAAAUCCUUCCUGGGUGGAAUAAUUAUGCAUCAUGCAAACUUAUUUCCUCAACUAUUUAGUUACUGCAAGCUGCACCUCAACCACAGGAUUAUUCAUAGCAUUAACCAACUCCAGGUUCUAUUCUAACCAGACAUUUGACCUCUCUUCUAUUAAAUUGGUUUCCUUUGACUGAUUAAAGCCUAACAGAGAAACUUUCAUGCAUAAAGGCAAUCUAGGACUUCACUUCCACAAGAUUUAAGUGAAUGUAUGCAUGUUUCUGAGCCUGUUUGUAUAAUUCUGAACUCUAUAAUUACUCACUGGAUCAGUUUAAAGUGGUUUGUUGUAUCAUGAGCGUCCAAACCCGGAAAACGAUUGGUUUAAAUAAACAAAUAAAAGUAAAACUCAUAAAA